ACAACCGAGAGAGGAGAAGGAAGAUGGCAACUGUGAGGGGAUGAAUGGAGGCUCUCUGACAAAAUAAAAAAGAAAGAUGUCGGAGUGGGGAGAGGUUUUCGCAGAAAGUCGGGGGAUUCCACAACACCCCCAGAGAUUGAAGCACGGCGCCGGCGACUCGGCCGCAUAUCAGAUCUACCUGGGGGCUCUGGAGUGGAUUCCAAAUACACAGGGACCCUCAGAGGGAAAUGCCGACACUCAGUAUCAGGUCCGACUUUCUCUGUUCGAUUUACCUUACCACCAUUUCUUUGGAAGGACUUGGAAAAGUUCGGAGAAGCCACUGAAAGCCUUCACGGGUCAGACAUCAAAAGUUUUCUUCAAUGAGACCGUUUACUUCCACACCCCCUCCAAUGAUCCCAAUACUGUCAUUGUGGCUGAAGUGGUCGCUGUGUCCAGGAAGAAGGAUGGAACCAGACAGGAGUUCUCCUGCGGCUUUGGGCUCCUCCGGUUCCUUCUCACCCAACCAGAAGAAGACGCAGCCAGUCAAAGCAAAAGGUUAAAUCUUUAUCACGGAUCUCCCCGAUCGCUCCUUCAUCCGUCUUUUAAGGAUCUGAACGAAUUGAACAGACACAUGACGUUGAUUGAGAGAAGCCACAUUCAGUACAAUGUGCGGAGACACAACGGGCUGCAAGAUGUAUUCCAUCUACUUCCUCCAAACGCCCUUGUAUCCGGAUCCGAGAAAAUCCCUGGCGUCCUGCGAGGAAGAGACGACACAGGAGAUUCCUUGAAGAAACCGCACCUCCAGAAAACAGUCACUUGUCACUUAGACAAACUCCAUCUAAUGAUGUAUCCUUCACUGGAGAAGUUCGAAGAAGAAAUGCUUAUCCUGGUUAAUAACGAUCGAUUACCGAAGGGAAUCCCUGUUGCCGGUGGGACUUCUGUUUCGAUCCAAGAGCGGAGACUACACAUUGGCGUUCACAACGGUUGGUGUUUUGUGCAGCCGCCUCAGGUUGUGGUGGUAACACCGGAGAGCAGAGCCACGAAGGCGCAUUCCGCCGCUAGCCUGAGGAAGAGACCGGCCAGCAGUCAGACACUAAGUUCUGCCGCGCUGGUGUUAAGGAGCCGCAUGCGCCUGCCUGAGAUGGUCAGUGACCCCAGAUUCACCAUCGUCUUCCUGCUGGAGUAUGUCUUCACUGUGCCCAGCGCUGUUGGCAGCAAGAUUCCCUCUGCAUCGGUUCUGUCCAAUACGUCUUACAUGCGGGUGAUACGCUGGGCCUCCUGGAACCCCUUGCUAAGUGCCGGGACAACAGAAGUGACUGUACCUCUCCAAGGUGGACCACCAGCCAAUCCCAGCAAUAAUCUCGUCUACAAGAUCCCGCCCACCAACAUGAGCUCAGAUGAGGUGCAGCAAGUGGAAGGCGGGACGCUGCUCUUUAACUUUAGUUUACGGUCAGAACAUCAGCUUGAUGGCCAUGAGUCCGCCCUGCAGGAGCUCGUCCAAUCCAAGAAGAAAGCUACUCUGGGGGACGCAAAGACAUCUGUCAGCUUUCAGGAGUCUCAGCUAGGACCUGCACUGUCGAUAUCCCAGCUGACUACAUCGUCUCGCUACCCGACCAUAAGUCACUCGUCUAGAACGCCUCUACAGCAAGUCCCCAGCCAGCUCCUGCCUUCACCAAUGGCCUUCCACCCGUCGCACGCGGAGAUGCCGGGAGUGAGUGGAAUUACCCACCUUGAAGCAGAGAUGGGUGACCGUAACCUGGACUUCUCCAACACCGAGCAUCUUCAGGAACUGGCCUUCUCCCCCGUCCACGCUCCUAUCGUUGCAAUGGGGACUCAGACUGGCAGCACCACCUCCAUUUUGUCCCGAGCCGCCCUGGCCCGCCUUCACUCCGUUGCCUUCCCGGAAAUUUUGGACUGCAAUAACGAAGUAGCGGAAGUGGUCGAUCCUUCGAGUCCGGUGAACUUUAACCCUCAGAGAGAAGAAGCUGAUUAUCUGCAGUGCAAUGAAAUAGUCCUGCAGUUCCUGGCAUUCAGCAGCGUACCAGAAGGUAACUCGUCACUGAACUGGCCGCAGACCCUUUACUUCACCUUCCAGUUCUAUCGAUUCCAGCCAGUAACCACGCCACGCCUGCAGCUAGUACAGGUUCACUCCAAAGGAAUGUCGCGGACGGAAACCCCGGCCCGGGUGAUCGUGUCGCUCAAUAAGGAUGGCUCCAUUAACCAGGGCUGUCCGGGGUAUCAGGUGAAGUACAUGGUGGACCCCGGAUUCCUGAAGUCAGGAGAACAGCGCUGGUUUCUGCGGUAUCUGGCUCUCCAGACUCUACAGAUUGAUGUUUGGGAUGGAGACUCCCUGCUGCUCAUUGGGUCGGCCGCAGUAGAAAUGAAGCAUUUGUUACGCCAAGGUCGCGCCGCGGUUCAGGUGUCUCACGAACUGGAAGUCAUCACAACAGAAUAUGAACAGGAGACGAUGGUGAUGGGCGGGGACAUCUCCAAGCAGGGCGUGGUCAAACCCAUCGGAGUGCACACCGUUAUUAAAGGAAGACUCCACCUCCGCAUGGGCAAUGCUGGUCACCUUUCAGACCAGAGACUAAAGAGAUCGGAAUCUCUUCCGGCGUCACGCUCUCGUAUCAUCACCUCCCAUGACGGUAGAAGUGGCUUCCAUGGAGGCAGCCUGUUUUCCAGCCGGCCGUUGGGCACCCAGAAGAACGUUUCCCAGGCGCAGAAGCUGGCCGACUUAGACGGCGAAUUGGCGUCCAUGUUGUACAGCCGGAUGAAGGAGGCCGGCAUGGCCUACCAGCAGCCAAACAGCGAGGCCGAUGCCUCUUAUAGACGCAAGAUGGAGAGAAUGAUGGCGGUCAGACAGAUCGAGUCACAAGAGAACCUCAUCAACAGGAAAUCCUUCUUAUUGUCUCCACGCGAGGAGCGCACUCAGCACACCAGAGAUUUGCAGAUCAUUGAAGCGUACAGAGAGCGCACCAAAGCAGAGUGUAUCUCCGGGAUGCUGAAUCAGGCCAUUACCUCAAAUUACACCGUCUACGCCACUCUGGGCACCUCCGAAUUCUUCGAGUUUCAGCUGAAAAACCCGUACAACGUGCAGUACACCGUCUCCAUCGAGACCGAUCAGCCCGACCUCAGGGUGAUUGUGGACACACAGGAGUGGAGACAUUUUAAACAACUAACAAACACAACAACCCCCAUAGAGGAGAAUAUGUUUCACAUCGAUCAGCAAAGUCCUUCACCGCAACUCUACCUGAGACCCAAAGAGACCGUCUACGUUCCCUUCGCAUACCAGACCUUCUCCUUGGACCAUACCACUCUGCUGCAGAGUCCCGGAGCUUCCAUUUCCGGCACCGGAGCGCCAUCACCGUACAAACCCAACACCAUGACUUCCAAAAUCAUUAAGGUCUCCUUUAAGACGUCCGACGGAAAGCCGAUCGCCAUUCUCCGGGUGAAUGUGGAGCCUCAGCCUCACGUUGUCGAUCAGACAUUCCGAUUUUAUCACCCGGAGUUGACGUUCUUGAAAAAGUCCAUCCGACUGCCGCCGUGGUUUUCCCUUCCAGGGGCUCCGGUUGGAACGCCGGGAGGGGAACCGGAACUGUUUGCCCGCUGCAGUGACCCCAACGUCAUCUGUGACACCAAGAAACUGGGUCAUGGAGAACCCCAAGAUGUGUUUGUGAAAGUUGCUGGAGGGCCCAGUCCACAGAUCAAGAAGUUCUUUAUUGUUCUUUAUACGGACCGAUGGCUGGCGGCUCCGAUCCAGGUCUGGCAGAUCUACGUCCAUUCCCUGAAGAGGGUGGACCUCGGCUGUGUAACCGGUCAGCUCACGCAAAUGUCUCUGGUCCUUCGAGGGACGCAAGCGGUGCGCAAAGUCCGAGCGUACACGUCUCACCCGCAUGAGCUGAAGGUGGAUCCCACCGACGUGUUUGUUCUCCCGCCAAACGGCAUCCAAGACCUUCACAUCGCUGUGCGCCCCAACAAAGCCGGCAGCAGAUUCAUCUAUCUCAACCUGGUGGACGUCGACCAACAUCAGCUGGUGGCCUCCUGGCUGGUCUGUGUAGUGAGCCGGAAUCCCAUCAUUUCUAAGGCCUUUGAAAUCACAGUUCCCUCCGGAGAGAAGGGCUGCAACAAACGGAUCACCUAUACAAACCCCUAUCCGGGAAGGAAGAGGUACUCCCUCCAUACAAACAGGGCGGACCUACUGCAGUUCAAGGAGAACACCUUCGAGGUGGGGGCGGGGGAAACCUACACCAUCGGACUUCGCUUCGCUCCCAGCGACAGCGGCGGAUUGGAAGAGAUUCUCAUAUUUAUCAACGACCACGAAGAUAAAAACGAGGAGACGUUCUGCGUCAAGGUCAUCUACGAGCAAACGAGGAAAACCCUCUGAGGGUUCUGAUUGGUCUGAAAUUUUACAUUUCCAGAAUGAUGGACGAUGCUUGGAAUGGUAAAGCCCGGCUUUUCUGGGUUAGAACCUCUGCUGAGCUUUUAUUGCUGGUGACUCCCCGCCGUACUCCGACGCACGCGGUGUCACCGGGACGGGAAUUGGGUGGAAAUCCCCCCAACAGAAGCCCUAUUAGAUGGAGAGGUGUAACGCCUCUGUUGUGUGUUUAUUACAGUCUAUUGUUGUGUUUCUCAACCAGAGCGCCCCCCCCGGG